GUCCAGAGCUGUUUGGAGCUGAGGGUCCAAGUCUGUAUCUAUACUGGUGGCCAAAAGUUUUGCUGCUUCCCUCUGAAUCAUCCAGCAUUGGCCAGAGGUUUGUGCAAGCUGGUGGCCUAUUCUAGCCAACAUUAUGUUCCCAAGCAGAAUUCAGCUAACUAGGGGAGGCACAGAUAGUGCCUACAAUUUGUGGGGGUGAAGAAACAGCAUGUUACUGGGGAGUCCCAAACCUUUGCUUCCUCAGUGUCUCCAGGUCUGGCACAUGGAAAGCCCAGAGGCACUGAAGUAUCCCACUCAAGCAGCCAAGUGUUAACAACCUCUCCAAAGUCUAAUUUGCCUUUGAUAUAGACUUAAUUGUUUGCGUCACCCACUGGGCUAGGGGGAGGGCUAUAAAAGGGGCUGCAGCCAUUGUCUGAGACAGAAGAGAGCCCAGAAACAGCUCCCUCUCCCAGUCUUCCUAAUUCAGCACGGUAGUCACAGCCUGUACAUCAUGCAGCUGGUGGCCAGCCUGGUGUCCGUUCUGCUGCUGGUAUGGAGCGUGAGAGCCACUGCACUGCCCGGAGAAGAGAGACUCGCAUUACAGAACAGUAGGGAGCAGACCAAACUCCGGAAAGAUGCCAUACUGAAGAUGCUGGCGGGGCUGCUGGAGAGUGUGGACGUGGCCUCCCCGGACCUUGAAGAAGAGGGCAAGCUGGAGGAGGAGCGGGCGACGCUGGGACGACUGGCCCAGCUCUCGCAGCGGGACCGCAAGGCCCCCUGUAAAAACUUCUUCUGGAAAACCUUCACCUCCUGCUAGUGACACCCUGCCUGGCCCCGCUGGGCUCCCUGCCCGCCUGUGAACACCUGUCCCGUCCCCUGAGCUCCCUUCCUUUACUCCUGCAUCCCUGAGAAUAAAGCAUGGCGCCUCGGGGA